GUUGAGCGCUGAGAUAAGGAACCUGCGCAGUUUGCCUCGCACCAGAGACGAUGUUCUCCUCCUGGUUUGGAUAAAGACUUGAAAACAACCAACCUGCCUUUCAAAAUGACUUCCAGAGGAAAACCUUUGACAGCUGCAUCUCUGUUGAUACUUUUGAUGAAAGUCUUCAGUGGAAGCAGUCUGACCUGUCAUCCAGCAGAGUAUCAGAUAGGGAAUGAAUGCUGUCCCAUGUGUCCACCUGGAAGUCGUGUUGAAACCGAUUGUACAGAGUUCAGAAAUACUACCUGUCUGCCCUGCUUAUAUGGAAGCUUCAUGAAUCAACCUGCUGGACUUAAACAAUGUUUUCCCUGCACAAACUGUGACGCAGGUUCUAAUCUGAAGAUAAAGACUUCAUGUACAUCAACAUCAGAUACAGUUUGUGAACCACUGGAAGGAUUCUACUGUAUAGACGUCAAAGACAAAGGCUGUAUGGCAGCACAGAGACACAGACACUGUGAACCAGGACAAUACAUCAGUAAAAAAGGAACAGCCUCCACAGACACUGAGUGCUCUGACUGCACUGAUGGAACAUUUUCAAAUGGGACAUUUACAUCUUGUCAGCCACACACACAAUGUGAAUCAAUAAACCUUCAGCUGAUCAGACCAGGAACUGCUUCAGAUGAUGCUCAAUGUGGAGAACACAGUUCAAACACGACAGUGACUGUGAUCAGUGUUGUAGUGCCUUUGUUAUUAAUAGCAGCUGUAGUCGUAUUCAUAUUCAUAAAGAAAAAAUGUCUAACAGGCCAUUUCAGCAAAAAGAAUGAGAACAGUCCCCCAGAGGUUCACCAACCUGAAGAAGCAAGAGAAAUGGUUGAACAUCAACAGCAGUAGAGGUGAUGACAGUGACCAGCAGCAGGUGAGACAGCAGUGAAUUCUUCCUUGAAGUUUUCAUUGACUGAGCUGACAUCAUGGUCAGAGAUGGAUUCAUCCAGAGGGAGCUCUGAGUAGAGCUGCUCAUCUUUCACAUUGAAAGGAACCAGUUGAGGUGGUUCAGACAUCUGAUCAGGACGACUCUCUGCUGCCUUCCUUUGGAGAUUUUCCAGCCACGUCCAACUGGUAGGAGACCCUGAGGUAGACCCAGAACUUUCUGGAUGGAUUACAGAUCCCAUACACUGCUACCUGACCCCAGAUCAGCAGAAGAGGAUGAGGACAGUGUCCUUUACUGCAGCAUGAUGGGACAUCGCUGCCAUCAGAGGACCAGUGAGGAACAUUAUAAUAAUCCUUCACAGUGGACAUUUUAAUUUGGGAAGGAUGAUGAACACAGUAUAUUUACUCACACUUGAGUUCAAGUUGUGUUUGUGAGUUAUGAAAUAUCAGUAACAAUAUGUUGUAUGAAUGCUGCAGGCUGACUGUCAGGUGUAAAUCAACUGGAAUCUAAUGAUCCCUGUAGAUGAUUCAAACAUUAAUAUGUUAAUAAUGUUCCAGUGUUUGUGCUGCACAGGUCCUUUGGACAAUUCUGUUGAAAUGACAGGAGCAACAGCUGAGAGUUAAACUGCAGCUUUCUAAAUGUGAGUUCACUGGUGAGGAACACGAUACAACAACAUGUCAUUUAAAGGUUUUAGUAGAGAAGGAGGUGUUGGAUGCUGAGGACAGAUGAGUGGAUGUGUAGGGCCGUAGUGAAGGAUGUCAUCUGUUAGACUGGUCUGGGAGGACAUACUGAAGAGGGGGUGGAGGCAGACUGACUGUGGGGGUUCCAUCAUGACGUGACUCCACUCUGAUCACAGGAACUCAGUCGUGGGAGAAGAACGCAGCAGAAUAGGGAGGGAUGAGGGAAGGAGGGACAAUGUGUAGAUUUGACAGGUGUUAGAGGUGGAGUUGAGGUGUGGCUCUGCUCCUUAAGGUAACUAGUUAAAUUCAUUUAGAGUGAAGGGUCCUGGGAGGUAUGACACAGCUGUAAGUUGUUUUCUGUUUGAAAUAGUGAUGUGUAGUUUGAAACAGUGUAGUCUAACUCUGGGACAUUUCCUGCAGACAUGUUGGAUUAAAACAAAAUGAGUCCUGGUCAAUGUUAAUUGGCUUCAACAUAAUCCACAGUGGAAGUGAAGGUUUAAAUAAUCAACUCAGCACAGACAGAAGAUGGACUUGUGUAAUAAUGGACUGGAGACCAAAUUCAAAUGAAUACAAAGUAGAUGGAUGUGUGGAAUGUAUUAAAUUAGUGACCAAUCAGAAAGAAGACAGGUGUUUGUUUCAUCAGGUUCAUGAAAAGACACAAAGACUUCUAUCAGUCUGAUGAAGCUCUGAGCAAAACACACAGCUGAUGUCAGUGCUAUCAAAGAACAUUUGUUUUUAUGGGCUGAAUGUGUUGAAUGUACUGAAUGUGCUUUAUUUUUCAUGUUGCAGUUUCUUGUUCCUCCAGCUCUGCUCAUGCUGUAAAUGAAGCUUUUUCUCUUUUUAA